AAUAAGGAUUCUUCGGCGACCCAGAGUUUGACCCGGAACCGGGUCCAGCUCGGUUCGGGUCGGAGCGUUAACGGGUCGACCCGGAGCAAGAACCCGGGUCCGGGUGCGAAUCCGAAGUCGGUUUCUUCGGUGGCGAAAUCGCUGUUGCCGACGAUGAGAAGGCUUCGGCUUGAUCCUGCAACUAAGCUCUAUUUUCCUUAUGAACCCGGGAAGCAGGUCAGAAGUGCGAUCAGGAUAAAGAAUACGAGCAAGUCUCAUGUAGCAUUUAAGUUCCAAACCACUGCACCUAAGAGUUGCUUCAUGCGUCCUCCUGGCGGUAUAUUGUCUCCUGGAGAGAGUAUUAUAGCAACCGUUUUCAAGUUUGUGGAGCAACCAGAGAAUAAUGAGAAGCCACAAGAUCAGAAAAGCAAGGUUAAGUUUAAGAUUAUGAGCUUGAAGGUGAAAGGGCCCAUGGAGUAUGUACCUGAGUUGUUUGACGAGCAAAAAGACCAGGUCGCUAUUGAAAAAAUCCUACGAGUUGUCUUCUUGGAUGUUGAUCGUCCUAGCCCUCAAUUGGAUAAACUGAAACGCCAGCUGGCAGAAGCUGAGGCUGCUCUGGAGGCACGCAAGAAGCCUCCUGAAGAUAAUGGCCCUAGGAUUGUUGGCGAAGGACUUGUGAUCGAUGAAUGGAAAGAACGAAGGGAGAGAUACCUAGCUCAGCAGCAAGUUGAAGUUGUUGAUUCAGUGUAAAUCGCAGUUGAUCUGUUGAUGUAAGCCUUUGUUUUGUUCUGUUGAAGUAUAUGGUUAGUUUGUGCUGUAGCGAGUGAGCUUGUUUCUGCUCAUCCUCUUCUGUUUUCGAGAUUUUCAGGGGUUUGUCGAAAGGUGUUUGUUAAAAAUAAAUAGUGUGCAUAUAAUUUUGCAUGAAACUUUGACGUCUAUGUUUGCUUGUUCUA